AAAAUGACUUCUACUUUUAGCAAAUUCUGAAAUACCAUUUUCCUCUCUCUCUCUCUCUGCACUUCCACUCACAAAACACACUUUCCUUUUCGCCAACCGUCUUCCGGAGUUUCCUGCCCGGCGUUAUUCCUCUCUACCGCCACUGUGAUCUUUCCAUUGAUUCAGUAUCAAGGGUUAAUACGUGAACAACCUCUUUUCAUUAAUAAUAAUAGUAAGGUUGCUUACAUUCGACUACUCAAAAGUCAAAUCCGCUUAUUUGGGAUCCGCAUUGGAGCAACGGACUGUUGUCCAGGGAAUUGUUUAUUGGUUGUAUUUUUGUCAUCAUUUUGUUAAAAUCUAACUUGCUGGAAAAUAUUUGAUAUGAAUGUUUGCAUGUAACAAACCUUUGUACGUUUCUUUUAUAAGAAGAUAGUGUAUUGCAUUAUUGCAAUCUUAUUAGACAAAUACGAAAAACUGCCCCCAUUACAUUGUUCUUGAGAUAUACAAAAAAAUAAUUGAUUGUGGGGAUGGGGAGAGCAGGAAGAAUGAAUGAGAGAAAAGAAUAGUGUUAAUGUUGAGUGAUUGGAAUCAAAUGGUUACCUUGACUAUAUUAUUGUUGUUGCUAUUAUAUGAAGUCCAAGGACAUUCUGUUAUUAAAAUGAAUAAUAAUAGAAAAAGAUGCUUUGCACAAGAUCUCAUAUUUAAUAUUUGACCAUAGUUGACUAGAUUUGAUGAUCUGCUUGUGAUUACUCCAUUAAUUAGUAGUACAGUCAUCAGUCAUAAAAUCUCUUUAGAAUAAAUUGUCAAAAUGUUGUGGCGUGAAAUGUUUUGAUUAUAUAUUAUUGGAAAAUAAGAAGGAAAAAUUUGAAUUUGGAGUCGAUAGAUUGGCCCUUAAGAAGCCUUUGAACAUUGCCUUGCAUUUUUACACAAGCCCAUGUUUGAAUUUUGGACAGGUUUCAUGUUGUAGAACGAACCAUGAAUGCUAAAAUGAAAAGGAGAACUGUUGCAGAAAAUGGUGACACUGGGACAGCUGAGGAUUUGGUCCUUGCUACAUUGAUAGGGAAUGGGGAGGAUUUGGGUCCUCUUGUUCGGCAUGCCUUUGAAACGGGGCGUCCGGAGCCACUUCUAUACCAGUUGAGAAAUGUUUCGAAGAAGAAGGAAGCAGAGAUUGAGGAUUUAUGUAGGCUGCACUAUGAGGAAUUCAUUAUUGCAGUUGAUGAGCUCCGUGGAGUGCUUGUUGAUGCAGAGGAGCUGAAAGCUGAGCUUCAAACUGACAACUUCAAAUUGCAAGAGGUUGGGACUUCUCUCUUGUCUAAACUGGAUGAGCUUUUGGAAUCUUAUUCGAUAAGGAAGAAUAUAAAUGAAGCAAUUAAGAUGUCUAGGAUGUGUGUUCAAUUGUUGGAGCUUUGUGCAAAAUGUAAUUCCCUUGUGUCUGAGGGGAAAUUUUAUCCUGCCCUGAAGACUAUUGAGCUAAUUGAGAAGGAUUUUUUGAAGAACAUCCCUGUCAGAAAGCUAAGAAUGGUAGUGGAGCACAAAAUUCCAGCCAUCAAGUUGCAUAUUGAGAAGAAAGUGUGCAGUCAAGUUAAUGAAUGGCUAGUUCAUAUCCGAAGCUUGGCCAAGGAAAUCGGACAGUCAGCGAUAGCACAUACUGCAUUGGUUUGUCAGAGGGAUGAAAAAAUGAAGUCCCGUCAGAGGGAAUUUGAAGAAAACAAUCAUUCGCAGCUACCAGAGGUUGCAUACAGUUUAGAUGUAGAAGAGGUUGAGGAGGAUUUGAGUUUUAAGAUUGAUCUUACUCCUAUUUACAGGGCAUAUCACAUCCAUAAAUGUCUUGGUAUUGGGGAACGAUUUCGAGAAUAUUACUAUAAUAAUCGGCUGGCACAGCUCAAUUCGGACUUGCAGAUUUUCUCGUCGCAACCAUUUGUUGAAUCUCAUCAAGCCUUUUUGGGUCAGGUUGCUGGCUAUUUUAUUGUGGAAGAUCGUGUUCUCAGGACUGCUGGAGGUUUAUUGGAAGAAAGUCAGGUUGAGACAAUGUUAGAAACUGCUGUAUCUAGGCUCACUGCAGUGGUUGGGGGUCAAUUUUCCCAGAUGACUAAUACCAUGCAUUUUUUACUCAUCAAAGAUUACAUGACACUUUUUGGCACAACUCUGAGACAUCAUGGGUAUGAAGUGACUUCCUUUCUGGAGACUAUUAAUGGUACCAAGGAUAGGUAUAGUAAGCUUCUUAUGGAUGAGUGUCGCAAGCAGAUGUAUGAUAUAGUUUCGAAUGAUACCUAUGAGCAAAUGAUAUUGAAAAAGGAUUCUGACUACCAGGCAAACGUUCUCUCCUUUCAGCUGCAGACAUCAGAUAUUAUGCCUGCCUUUCCAUAUGUUGCACCAUUUUCCUCCAUGGUUCCCGAAACUUGCCGUGUUAUUAAAUCAUUCAUAAAGGACUUCGUAAAUUACUUAUCUUCUGGUGGAGAUUUGAACCUCUUUGAUGGUGUGAAGAAAUGUCUGGAUACACUAUUAAUUGAUGUGCUUAAUGAAGUCAUACUUAAUAAAAUUAGUGGUACUACUAUUGGUGUAUCUAAAGCAAUGCAGGUUGCUGCAAAUGUAGCUUUCCUCGAAAAAGCUUGCGAUUUUUUUGUCAAAAUUGCAGCACAACUUUGUGGAGUUCCCGCACAUUCAAGGAACUAUCCUCAAGCUACUUUAACAGCUAAGGUGGUCCUAAAAACAUCACGAGAUGCAGCGUAUAUUGCUAUGUUGAGUUUGGUCAACUCUCAGCUGGAUGAUUUUAUGUCGCUUAAUGAGAAUUUUAAUUGGAUACCAGAGGAAGUGCCCGAGAAUGGACAUGAUUUUAUGAAUGAGGUGACAAUUUAUCUUGACACUCUUUUGUCAACUGCCCAGCAAAUUUUACCUAUGGAUGCUUUAUACAAGGUUGGCAGUGGGGCUCUUGAGCAUAUUUCCAAUUCUAUCACAGGUGCAUUUCUCAGUGAUAGUGUCAAAAGGUUCAAUGCUAAUGCAGUUAUGGCUAUUAACAAUGAUCUGAAGAUUUUAGAGAACUUUGCUGAUGAGCGGUUUGUAAGUACUGGUUUGAGUGAAGCUUACAAGGAUAAUUUUAGAUGUUACCUGAUUGAGGCACGCCAACUAGUAAACCUUCUGUUGAGCAGUCAACCAGAAAACUUUAUGAACCCUGUUAUCCGGCAAAAGAAUUACAAUACGUUGGACAUUAGGAAGAUUGCUGUUAUCUGCGACAAAUAUAAGGAUUCUGCGGAUACUCUGUUUGGAAGUCUUUCGAAUCGAAAUCAAAGUUCCAGGAAGAAAUCUAUGGACGUUUUGAAAAGAAGAUUACGUGACUUCACUUAAGGCAGCAGGCUGCUCCUUAUUCUGUGACCCGGAAAGGUUUUCAGCUUCUUAUGUUUCAACAUACAUCCCCUUGUCUGUAGCUCAGAAAUAGGUACCAUUCUCCCUGCAGUAGUAUUCCUAUAUGCUCUCUGUUCAGUUUUGUUUUUCUUAACCUUUCUAAUUGAAUUUAGUUCUGUUAAUGUGGAUUUUGAAAGAUUAGAGGCUUAUUAGAUUCAUUUGACUCGUUUCUUAAUCUUUGAUGCCUAUCAAAUUUAGAAUAGCUUCAGAUGAUAUCUUCUUGUAACAAACUGUUAUAUCAUUAUAUGACAACAAUGAAAAUUCCCAACAAGGAUCAUGUUUGAACAUUUAA